AUCUCACUCUCAUUUGAUCUAUAGUGAGCAUCGAUGCACGUCAUUAAAACAUGUCAAUCAAUCAAUUACAUAUGCGCUAUAAUACGCAUGCGCAAUCGGAUUAUCAACAAGCAAAUUCGCGAUCACUUGAAUACACCGCGCGCACGUAAUCUUCGUUUAGCGAUAAUACCAGUUUUAUCGUUAAAAACGCGACCUUUAUUCCCAUUCCUGCAAAUUACUGAGCCAUGAUGUGAAGCCUUUGUAUUUACUGUUUGUGACCAACUAUCACCCUGGAUAAGCCGAAUUCUUUCGACUACUUGGACUGUGUUUAGACGGUGGAGACUGCUGCACUAGGGAAGCCUUCAGUUGCGCUCCCAGAGGUUGUGCGUGAAGGUGAGGGUGAAGUUUUGGCAGAGACACAGAACUUGCAAUUACCACCACUCCGCCGAAGUUCAAGGCGAGGGUCUCGUUCUCGGAAAGUUCGCCGAGGUUCUCGCCGUGAGAGCCAAGUUGAAGAACAGAAGUCGGAUAACUCGAUUACCGGAGAAUCUGAGACUAUAUCACGGAAUCCUAGUGGAAAUAGUGUUGCCAGUGCCAGUCGUGUAAUUUUGCCGCCGUUAUUACGAUCCUCGAAAGUUUCCCCAGUACUAGUACAAACACAGGAUAGCGGAAAAGAAGUUACCAAUAUGUCGGGUUUAGAGAGAAAGGAUACAACCUUCGAGUUGAAGUACAGAUCGGGCAGCGACCAUGGCCAUGGGCCUGGGUUUGGCGGAGAUAAAGGCUCGCUUAUGAUGCCAGAAUACAAACCUGCAGCUGCAGAUGAAACUGUUCCGACUGCAGCAGUGCUUAGGCAUUGGGAAAGCUCAGAAGAUCUUGGAGUAACACUUCAUCAGCUUGCUCGGGACGGAGAUGCUAUAACAUUGAAGAGACUGAUAAAUCAGAUUAGUAAGAAUCGAAGGAGAACUUUAAAUGCCCUUGAUGAGAACGGCAUCAGUCCUCUGCAUUAUGCUGCCAGAUAUAACCACCUUGCAGUCGUCAAGAUGCUUGUUGACAGUGGCGCAGAUGUAAACGUGAAAGGAGAAGGGGGUAUGGUCCCUCUUCAUUUUGCUUGCAAGUUUAAACAUUCAAAAUAUGCUGGAUCACUAGAUGGAGAUGAUUCGCAGACGGGCGAAACUCAAAAUGAUGAGACUGUUGGCAAUGGAACGGAGGAGCAGCAAGAGAGUGUUAUCCUCUACCUGGAAUCCAAAGGAGCUGAUGUGAACAGGAAAGACAUCUACGGUGUCACCCCGCUUCAUAUGGCAGCCAUCAGGGACAAUGACAUAGCAGCCAGUGAACUACUCAGUAUCAAGACUAUACAAGUCGAUGCCUGCGAUGGACAGAUGAUGACCCCGCUCCACAUGGCCUGUACCCAUGGCAGUGACACCAUCGCAGCCAUGUUGAUCCAGAAAAGUUCACAGCUGAGAGCCACUGAUGAAGAGUCAGGGACUCCAUUGCAUGCUGCAUGCACAGAGGGGCAUCUGGACAUUGUCAAGCUCUUGUUUGAAGCAGGAGAGGGACAGGGGCUUCUUGAGCAGAUGUUGACUGAUGUGAAUAAUGACAGAAGUACACCCCUUCAUCUCUCUGUGGACAGUGGAUACUUUGAAAUUGUGGAACUCUGUCUUUCAAAAGGAGCCAAUGUGAACUGCCACCGUGAGAACAGGAGUACCCCGCUCCAUGCAGCCUGUGUUGCUGGUAACCUGAAGAUUGUAGAGCUGUUACUGCAGACAGGAGCUCAUGUGAACAGCGUGAAUGCUGACAGGGCCACGCCCCUUCAUCGAGCGUGCUCCUUCAACAGAUACAAGAUUGUAGAGCAUCUCCUUGAAAGAGGUGCUAAGAUUGAAGCCCGAGACAAGGAUAACUUCACCCCUCUCUUGAUCGCAGCCAGCUCUGGUCACAGUGCCACCAUCAAGAUUUUACUUGGGAAGAGAGCAAACAUAGUAGCCAUAGACAAACAUGACAAGACUGCACUCUUCUGGGCUGCUGAGGAAAACAAGCCAGAAGCUCUUCAGGCACUGCUGGAACACAAGAUGGCAUCCAAAAUUCUUGAAUACAGUGAUCGCUAUGACAACACGGCCCUCCACGUUGCAGCAGAAAAUGGAUACCUGGGAAUUGUCAGGAUUCUGUUGAACAAUGGAGCUGAGUUGGACUGGAAAAAUGAGGAUGAGGAAACGCCAAUCCAUGUCGCAGCUGCUAAUGGUCAUACAUCGGUGGUGAUGGAGUUUGUGAAGAGAGAGGAAUCAACAAUCAACGAUGAGGAUGAGAACUCCAACACACCCCUUCACAAGGCAGCCACAGCAGGGCAUGCAAAGACUGUCAGAGCUCUCAUUGAUGCUGGAGCUGAUAUUGAAUCCAGGAAUCAGCAGUUAUGGACUCCUCUAGACUGUGCAGCCUCCAAGGGUUGGGUGAAGACUGCCUACGCCCUGCUAGAAAAUGACAGUCCUGUAGAUCCAACAGACAAAGCUAAGGUAACGCCACUCCAUCUUGCAGCAUCCAGCGGCCAUGUUGAUAUGGUCAAGCUGCUAUUGGAAUGGAAGGCAGAUCUAUCUUUGAUCAAUGCUGAUCAGAAGAAUAGUCUGGAUCUAGCCAUUGAGAGUGGUCAUGAUGAUGUUGCUGAAGCCAUUAUCAGUCAUCCUAAGUGGCGAGAUGCUAUGUGUUCCGAGAGCAUUGAUCCUGUCACCAUGGGCCGCACCACACCCAUAAGAAAACUCAUCAAAAGAAUGCCUGAUGUGGCUAUUAAGGUUUUCAACAACUGUCUGAUCGAGAAUGAUAAACCUCGGGAACAUAGAGACUACUGUAUCACGUUUGACUACGAGCUCCUUGACGACAUGUUCUCACGAUGGGGAGAGGAUAUAUCAGGCCGUUUUACAAAAGACAACUUAUCAGAGAGUGGGUCCGAUUAUUCAGAUAAUUCGCCAUUCAAAGACAAUGGUACUCUUCGGGACAGUGCAACACCAUACACCACCAGUUCUGAACUCAUCAGGAAAAACCACCCUCUUGUCAUAAUGGUGAGAUCGAAGCGAGAACAGCUGCUCGGACAUCCUCUGGUGACCAGCCUCCUCAACCACAAGUGGAGUAGCUACGGUCGAUUCUUCUACUACUCCUCCCUCCUCUUCUAUCUCCUCUUCCUCACCGUGUUCACUGGAUACCUGGUGGUCAACCCUCCACCGUUCUACUUCAACGUCACCACCAAUGCGGACGGCAAAGGCUUGGUGGUCUUCCAGUUUGAUGGCAAUGCGCGUUGGAUGCUGUCCUACAGCAAUGCAACGUUCUUUCUCUUUGGGGAGAUAGGACACUGGCUCAUCAUUGCGCUUGCUGGGGUAAAUCUACUCAGAGAGGUGGUUCAGAUCUACCAUCAGAAAUUGAACUACCUUGACUUUGAGAAUCUGUUGGAGUGGUGUGUCUAUGGUCUCGCCAUCCUGUUCGUCGCACCCAUCAGUCCAAACUUCUACCCUUAUGGAGAAAAUGCAGGAGAAAUCAGGGUCAGAGAGGCAUGGCAAUGGCAGUGCGGUGCUGCAGGGAUCUUCCUUGCCUGGAUCAACCUCAUUCUCUUCAUAAGAAAGUUUCCCCAGCUCGGCAUAUAUGUUGUCAUGUUUACUGAUAUCUUGAAAACCUUUACCAAGUUUGUGGUUUUAUUCAUCCUCUUCAUCAUUGCCUUCGCAUUGGCCUUCUAUGCACUUCUUAUGAAUCAGUCUCCAUUCAACCGCAUAGAAUACUCUCUGGUGAAGACGUUUGUCAUGAUGAUUGGUGAGUUUGAGUUUGAUUCAAUUUUCCACACUCAAACCUACCUUGAUCAACCUGAUCUCACCCAGCAAGAAGAUUUCCUUGGGAACGUCUACUACGAGGGCAUCACCUACGUUAUCUUUGUCGUCUUCGUUGUCAUCAUGUCAAUCAUCAUUAUGAACUUACUGGUCGGUCUGGCAGUAGAUGAUAUCAAGGAAGUACAGGAGCAAGCCAAAUUACAGAGACUUGCUAUGCAGGUGGACCUGGCCAUGGACGUACAAGAGGCCCUACCAUCGUUCAUCUGGAGGCGAUACAUCAUCAAGACAAAGAGGAUCUACCCCAAUCGCUUUGCUUCCAAUAUCUUUACCAAGCUCUAUGCUUCAUUCAGGGGAGAUUAUGACUUUGUUCUUACCGAAGCCAUUGAAUCGGCUCUCAACCCAGAGAAGGGUGAGCUAGCAGAGAUCAGCCAACAGCAGGAGGUGAUCUCUGACACUGUGGCCAACCUCAAGUACAGGAUGAAGCAGGUCAAGUCACAGAACGAUCGCAUGGAGCGGAUGCUGCAGCUGAUCCUUGACAACAGCAACCUGACACUCAGUGAGGCAGACUCAGUAGAGAACAUCGGAGAAUAGAGAAGCUUUAUCAGGGGAGCGUUUUAUCAAGAUUUUCUUGCGACAAGCUGUCAGAUCUGACAACUUCCCCUUUGAUUGAUUUUGAUUGGCCGAGAAGCACAGCUACUAUGGUAAAUGUUUGAUGAAACAGGACUUGUUGGAUAAAAGUUAUUUUAUAAAACGCUCCCCUGGUUCUCCUUGAGACAAAAGAGAGAAUUGUUUUGAAAUCUACUUAGUUGGUGAUUGUGAGGCAGUCUCUGAAAAGAACUUUUUGGAUGAGAGAAAGGUCAGUGAAAAAUCUUCAAUGAGUGGAGCCUGUAAACUUCAGGGGGUGACACCAGCAACAGCAAAGUAAGGCCUGUACUCCAGAUGAUAUUCUGUUAAUGGUACAACUUCUGGUUACAUUUCACUCUGGAAACAGCUUGUGGAGAGUGUCUUUGGAGAAAUUCAAUAAUGUAGUCUUUGGUGAUCUACAAAGACACCAGAGACCAUCUUUAGAUUUAAUGUGACCAACUCUGUCAAGAACAUUGGAAUCACCAGACAGGUGUAGUCUUUGAUGAUUGUUGACAGUGGCAUGAUGCUAGGUGAGACAUACAGUACCCUGUAGAUAAUAUUAGAGAAUUCCGCUGUCACCCAUGACCAACCGGCCCAUGGAAUGUCUUUGGAAAUAAUGUAAAAGUUUUGGCAGAUCUGGAGUAGGUUUCAUCAGUGUGACUGUAGGAUAAGGGAAUUGCCGGUCUAGUCCAUGGUUGUUGUGAGGAGGUUUAAAGGAAAAAUUGUAGAACAGAAAACUGUCUUCAGUGAGUGGAGUUUUGGCAAUAGCAAUCAGAAGCUCAUUGAGGCUGGUUUUUAAUCAACAUUGGAGAACUCAAGUUUGAAGAUUUGGGGGAUAGAGAAAUGUAAGAUAAAUCCUCAACAACGGAAGAUAUAUUUUCUUCAUAUUUUUAUGACAAGGACAUGCAUGAUGAGUUAUAUCAUAGGUCAUGUUGAUGUGAUACAUAGUUCAGUAAAAAAAUUCUGCUGCCUUUCCUUUCAUUGUAGUACGAUUCUUUUGAUUUUUUGCUUUGAUUUUCUUUUGUUAAAAACCGAAAGAGCAAAUACAUCAUAUAAAAAGGUGAAAAGUUAAGCUAAUUGUUUACUCAGGAAGUAUUGUUUUCGCCAAAUGCACUGAUUUUUUUAAAAAUCCUUCCCAUAUAUUUAAUGGCACAAAUGUUACUUAAUAGUAUGAUCUGCUCAGGAAUGUUCUUUUUUUAAUUUUAUCAAAAAGAUGUGUUUAUAGAUUUUAUCAGGUAGCCUGCCACUUAUAUUUAACUUGAUACAUGUAGUACAAAUGAAACAUUUAAAACCCAGUGCUAACUGUGCGUCCGGGAUAUAGUAUAUUGUUCAAACAACAUUUUGCAAGAGAGAUUGGAAUAAAAACAAUCUGUCUUUAUACUAUCUUAGUCAUUCCUGCCAAACCCAUAUCAUUUUAUCUUUUCCAAAGUAAUUAAAUAGAUUUGCAUUAAUUUAUUGACACAUUUGCAUUAACAUUUUUAAAUAGUACCUCCAAUGAAGAUUCCUUUUACCCAUUCCCAUUCAAAGUAUGUAGAACAUUUCAAAAUUUUAUCCAAAUGAUUGGAAUAAAAACAAUCUGUCUUUCUACUAUUUUAGUCAUUCCUGCCAAACCCAUAUCAUUUUAUCUUUUCCAAAGUAAUUAAAUAGAUUUGCAUUAAUUUAUUGACACAUUUGCAUUAACAUUUUUAAAUAGUACCUCCAAUGAAGAUUCCUUUUACCCAUUCCCAUUCAAAGUAUAAUAAUAAUAAUAAUAAUAUAGGGUAUUUAUAUUGCGCACAUAUCCACCUUGUUAGGUGCUCAAGGCGCUCCUAUAUUACCCGGCUAAGCUAGGCGUUCAUAGCGCACACAGCUUUUUAAGGAAUUACUUCCUACCGGUACCCAUUUACCUCACCUGGGUGUGUAGUAUGUAGUAUGUGUAGUAUGUAGAACAUUUCAAAAUUUUAUCCAAAUAUAUAUAGAAAGUGAUUGUUAAAGUGUAAAUAUAGAAAGUGAUUGUUAAAGUGUAAAUUUAUCCUGAGUGCCCCCAAAAUUUAAAUGAUUGAUAAUGAAAAAACGAGUGUGUGUUUUACAAAUCUUUUUAUACAUAUCAUUGGGAUCAUGUUAAUCAUUUAUUAUGUUUAUCAUGUUUGUUAUAUGAAACGUGUGUACAAAUGUAGCUUAUAUAUUCACAGAUCAUCGCUCAUGGCUCUUAUCACAGUUGUCAUUUGAGAGAUGGAACAACAAUUUUAAAACAUAAAUGUCUAAUGAUAUUUUUGUAACGACUUUUUCUUGUUCAUUUUUUUUCAAAAAGUAUGAAGUAAAGUUUUUUAGAUUGUAUAUGUGUUAUGUAGUAUAUAUUUU